AUGUCCAACUCGGGCCACAUCGCCGUCGACGUCGUCGGCGGUGCCAACGACGAGGCGGAGCGGGAGCGGGAGCUGGAGCUGCUCGUCUCCGCGGGGCCGCCGGUGCCCUACACGCUCUCCUUCACCGACCUCUCCUACCGCGUCCGGCAGGGCCGCGGCGGCCUCAUGGGCUGCCUCCCCUCGCGCGCCAGCAACCGCCUCGCCUCCAUGGACGCGCCGCCCGCCAACACCAAGGCGCUGCUGGACGGCAUCUCGGGCGAGGCGCGGGAGGGCGAGCUGUUCGCCGUCAUGGGCGCCAGCGGCUCCGGCAAGUCCACGCUCGUGGACGCGCUCGCGGGGCGGAUCGCGCGCGACAGCCUCCGCGGCCACGUCACGCUCAACGGGGAGCCGCUCCACGGCAGCCGCCUCCGCGCCAUCUCCGCCUACGUCAUGCAGGACGACCUGCUCUACCCCAUGCUCACCGUGCGCGAGACGCUGCUGUUUGCGGCAGAGCUGCGGCUCUCUCGCGCGCUGUCUCCCUCCGCCAAGCGCGAGCGCGUCGACAGGCUCAUCGACCAGCUCGGGCUGUCGCGCGCGGCGGACACCAUCAUCGGCGACGAGGGGCACCGCGGGGUGUCCGGAGGGGAGCGCCGCCGGGUGUCCAUCGGCACCGACAUCAUCCACGACCCGAUAUUGUUGUUCCUCGACGAGCCCACCUCGGGCCUGGACUCGGCCAGCGCCUUCAUGGUGGUCCAGGUGCUGCGCACCAUCGCACGCAGCGGCAGCGUCGUCGUCAUGACCAUCCACCAGCCCAGCGCGCGCAUCCUCGGCAUCCUCGGCCGCCUCUUGUUAUUGUCGCGCGGCCGCACAGUCUACGCCGGCACGCCCGCGGGACUCAAGCCUUUUUUCGCGGAGUUCGGCGCGCCCAUCCCGGACAACGAGAACCCGGCCGAGUUCGCGCUGGACACCAUCCGGGAGCGCGAGGCACAACCACAGGGCACGGGGCCGCUCGCCGACUUCAACGCGAGGUGGCAGGCGACUCACAAGGCGAUGGACGGCACCAACGCCAAGCGGGUGAGCCCGAUGACGCUGGAGUACGCGAUCGCGGAGAGCGUGGCGCGGGGGAAGCUGGUGGCGGGGAGCGGGACGGGGACGGUGUCGGAGCUGCAGAUGCCGACGUACGCGAACCCUAUGGCGGUGGAGGUGUGGGUGCUGAUCAAGCGCGCCUUCACCAACACGCGGCGCAUGCCGGAGCUGUUCGGGAUGCGUCUCGGCACCAUCAUGGUGACGGGCCUCAUCCUGGCGACCAUCUUCCUGCGGCUCGACGACACGCCCAAGGGCGUGCAGGAGCGGCUGGGCUUCUUCGCCAUGGGCAUGUCCACCAUGUUCUACGUGUGCGCGGACGCGCUGCCCGUGUUUGUGCAGGAGCGGCACAUCUACCUGCGGGAGACGGCGCACAACGCGUACCGGCGGGCCUCGUACGUGCUGGCCAACGCGGUGGUCUCGUUCCCGCCGCUGGUGGCGCUGUCGGUGGCGUUCGCGGUCACCACGUUCUUUGCGGUGGGUCUCGCCGGUGGGGCGUCGUCGUUCCUCUACUUCGCGCUCAUCAUCCUCGCCUCUCUCUGGGCGGGGAGCGGGUUCGUGACGUUCCUGUCGGCGGUGGUGCCGCACGUGAUGCUGGGGUACACGGUGGUGGUGGCCAUCCUGGCCUACUUCCUGCUCUUCUCGGGCUUCUUCAUCAACCGGGACAGGAUCCCGGCCUACUGGAUCUGGUUCCACUACAUCUCGCUGGUCAAGUACCCGUACCAGGCGGUGCUGCAGAACGAGUUCGGCGGCGGCGCGACGCGGUGCUUCGCGCGCGGGACGCAGAUGUUCGACGGCACGCCCAUCGGCGGCAUGCCGGAGGCCAUGAAGAUGAAGGUGCUCGGCGCCAUCGGGAACGCGCUCGGCACGCGCAUGACCUCCCAGACCUGCGUGCUCACCGGCGCCGACGUGCUGGCGCAGCAGGCCGUCACCGAUCUCGGCAAGUGGAUGUGUCUCCUGGUCACCGCCGGCUUCGGCUUCUUCUUCCGCGCGCUCUUCUACGUCGUGCUGCUCGUCGGCAGCAAGAACAAGAGGAAGUGA